AACCGUUUAUCGGGUUUGAGAUGGAAAUCGACGGCUGAUAUUGGUUCCGUUCGGGGUUUAGACUGAGAUUAACUAACAAUGCUUUUCAUAAAGUCUCCUCUUCAUCUUCACCACGAAAUUUGGGGGUUUUGCGCGCUUGAUCUCCGGCGGCAUCGAUGAAGCUCGCCGGAAUAAAAUCGGUGGAGAACGCCCACGAUGAGUCCAUUUGGACUGCGGCGUGGGCGCCUGCGACGGAGACGCGGUCGGCGCUUCUUCUCACUGGCUCGCUCGACGAGACCGUACGGUUCUGGAGCUCCGACGAGCUAAACCAGGUUGGGACACCCUCAGGUGGACAUGCCCUCGGAGUUGUGGCAGUCGCUGCUCAUCCCGCCGGAUUCCUGGCCGCCUCUGCCUCUCUGGACAGCUUCAUUAGGGUUUUUGAGAUCGAUUCCAAUUCCACCAUUGCCACACUCGAGGCGCCGCCAUCCGAGGUUUGGGGCAUGCAAUUUGAUCCAAAGGGCACUGUGCUUGCUGUUGCUGGUGGUGGAAGUGCUUCUGUGAAGCUGUGGGAUACUUCCUCAUGGCAGCUUAUUGCCACCCUUGCAGUUCCUCCUCCAGAAGGAUCUCGGCCUGCUGAUAAGACUGGAAGUGGGAAAUUUGUGCUCUCUGUUGCUUGGAGCCUUGAUGGCCGACGCUUAGCUUGUGGAUCCAUGGACGGCACAAUUGCUGUCUUUGAUGUAGCUCGCGCUAAGUUCCUUCACCAUCUCGAUGGUCACUACAUGCCAGUGAGGUCCAUGGUGUACUCCCCAGUUGAUCCACAUGUGCUCUUCACUGCCUGCGAUGACACACAUGUACACAUGUAUGAUGCUGAGAGGAAGGGCAUGAUUGGGGCUAUGUCAGGCCAUACGAGCUGGGUGCUUAGUGUGGAUGCCAGUCCAGAUGGGGCUGCCAUUGCAACAGGCUCCAGCGAUCGGACGGUGCGUCUGUGGGAUCUCAGCAUGCGGGCUUCUGUGCAGACGAUGAGCAACCACACCGACCAAGUGUGGAGUGUGGCUUUCCGGCCACCCAGUGGAACAGGUCUGCGACUAGGCCGCCUUGCCAGCGUCUCUGAUGACAAGAGCAUCUCCUUGUAUGACUACUCAUAAGUGUUUGUUUGUUGGCUUGGCUUGGCUUGUUAAGUUGAACCAUCUGUUCUUGUUUUUGUGUAAUCCAAGUUAUCUUUUGUUUGAUUUCACUGGAUAGAACUUCUUUGGAUUCAGUCUGUUUGUUUGUUUGUGUU